AUUUUUUCACAAUAAUGUCAAAUAUUUCGGAAACUUCAUUUUGCAAUUUGAAAAAUGGUUCACAUUUGUUGGUUCAAUUUAUUAACUGUCGAAUUCUUUAUCAAAAGGAAAUCAUUAAAGAAGAUUUUUGGGUUAAAAAUGGAAAAAUUUUAAAUCCAGAGAAAAUUUUUUUUGAUGAAAAACUUUCGGCUGAUAUUCAAAUAGAUUGUAAAAAUAUGAUUAUUGCUCCUGGAUAUAUUGAUACCCAGCUAAAUGGCGGCUUUGGUUAUGAUUUCUCAUCUAAUAUUGAAUCUCUGGAGGACGGGUUAAAUAUUGUUUCAAAAGGUAUUUUAAAACACGGAGUGACAUCGUUCUGUCCGACUUUGGUUACUUCUCCUGCAAAUAUUUAUAGACAGGCAUUACCAAUAUUAAUGAAAAGAAAGGGUAGUCGUAAUGGAGCUGAAGUUCUGGGUGCUCAUUGUGAAGGUCCCUUCAUCAAUAUAGAAAAAAGAGGAGCUCAUGAUCCAAACUAUAUUAAGUCAGAUGCAAAUGGAGGUAUCCAAGUAUUAGAGUUGACAUAUGGCUCACUUGAUAAUAUUGCUAUUAUAACUGUAGCACCAGAGCUUUCUGGUAUUGUUGAUUGCAUCCCUUCCCUUGUGGAACGAAAUAUUGUUGUUUCAAUUGGUCACUCAACAGCUAGUUUAGGUCAAAGCGAGGUUGCAGUGUCUCAAGGGGCUUCUUUUAUUACUCACCUUUUUAAUGCAAUGCUUCCAUUCCAUCAUCGUGACCCAGGUAUGGUUGGUUUAUUGACUAGUGAUGUAACAAAGAAGACAGUAUUUUAUGGUAUGAUAACUGAUGGUAUACAUACUCAUCCUACAGCACUUCGAAUUGCUUAUCGAAGCCAUCCUAAAGGUAUUGUAAUAACAACUGAUGCAAUAGCAGCUUUAGGAUUAUCUCCAGGUAUAUAUAAACUAGGAACAAUGUCUGUUGAAAUAUCUGAGAAAGACGCUAAAAUUGCUGGUACAAACACACUUGCUGGGAGUGUGUGUAGCAUGGACAGAUGUGUCUACCAGUUCAAACAGCAAACAAAUUGCUCACUUGUUGAAGCCAUUGAAGCCGCAACAUUACAUCCAGCGCAAUUACUUGGAAUAUCAGACCGUAAAGGAACAUUAGAUUUUGAUACCGAUGCUGACUUUAUUUUUCUUGAUGAUCAAUUAAACGUUCACGCUACAUUUAUUGCCGGCGAUUUAGUUUGGAAUAGCGAACAAAUGUCUCAUUUGUCCAAAAUUUAUAACUAAUAUAAUAAUGCAUAUAAAAAGGGUGUAGGGAAGGGGGUGGGGGGCUAACUAGGUCUUAGGUAGUAGUGAUCGACCGAAACCGAAAUAAACCGAAAUUUAGGGUAAACUAGUUCAAUACCAAAACCGAAACCGACAUUUCGUCAAACAUUUUACUGAAACUAAAACUAAAACGGAAAUUUCGGCUUAAAAACAAUAAUUUAAUUAGAAAAUG